AUGUUACCUCGCUCUGUUGAUGUUCGACAAAUGAGGGACGAAAGCUUAGCACCUUUCAACCGGAAUCGAAGAAGAUUGCCUCGGAAACAGCGUCAGCAUGAAUGUUCCAGUAAAGCCAAUCGACAGCGGGUCAAGAGGAAUCGGCCGUCGUCUUCUGGCGGAACCGAGCUUCGAAUCUCUUCACCCAACACUUUUACUCAAAACGGAAUUUCCCUGAUUAAUCCAAUGUUCCCCUUGUCCUCAAUUGAUGAUUCUAAAACAAGCCAUUCACCCUCUCAAUCCACACCUGAGGGUGGGGAUAUUGAAGAGAACAGGGCGCCCUUGAGCUUGAGUCCCAUCUGGUCUCUUGGCGGGCCGGGGGAAAUUUUAUUCUUGAAUAAUUUGGAGUGGGAGAAUGUGAUGGUGAGUGGAGAUGACGAUAAGGGCAUGGGAAUGAGGCUGCACGAAUUGAUGCGAAAGUAG